UGCUACUACAUUUUGGACUCCUCCACCUGCACUGCAUUUCCUGAAAUAGCACAGAAGUUGACAAUGCUGUGCUGGUUUGGCUAGUGACAAAACUGUGCGCGCUUUUGGACGACCUGCUUUUCACCUCUUCACACUGCAGAAAAGGGAAGGACAUGAAUGUGUCUUUUCCAGAGCUCAGGGAAAACAUCUCCUGUUUGAGCUCCAACAGCACCGAUUACUUCAAACGCCAAGUGUAUCCUGCAGCAUACAUACUCUUUUUUGUCCUGGGACUUGUCGGUCACUCUUUAUCUGUCUGCGUCUUCUUCAGCCAAUGGAGGACCCAGAAGAGUUUCACUCCAGUCAGCUUGUUAAUGGUGAACCUGUUAGUAUCAGACCUCAUGCUGGUGUCCUCUCUGCCCCUGAGGGUCUCAUACUACAUACUGAACUCACACUGGAUGUUUGGUCACGUCACCUGUAAAUUAAUCUCAUACGUGUUUUAUCUGAAUAUGUACAGCUCUGUGUAUUUCCUAGUGGCCCUGAAUAUCCUGCGUUAUCUGGCGCUGGUGCGGCCAUACCUAUACAUACGCAUACAGACACACUACGUCGCAGGUAUCGUGUGUGCCCUCAUUUGGCUCUUUAUGGGUUUGGCAUGCAGUCCACUGUUGUUUACUAAGAAAAAACAUCAAGACGAAGGCAGUUUUCGAUGUUUGGAGCUGGCGGAGGACAACGUGGACCAAUUGCUCCUCAUCAACAACGUUGCAUUUCCGGUGGGCUUUGUGUUGCCUUUGGUGGUUGUUCUUUUCUGCUCGGUCUUGGUUGCAAAGAACCUUCUGAGGCCUAGUCCUGCACUCGGUAGGACCAGACCUUGCAGGAAGAAGGCUUGCGCUCUGGUCAUCAUCAGCCUUGGGAUCUUUCUGGUGUGCUUUUUUCCGUAUCACAUAGUGCGGACAAUCUUCUUAACAACUGAGAAGCAUGGCCAGAUAAAUGGGUACAAAGACUCGUGUGACUUUAUUUUGGUAGUCCGUAAGGCUGCCGUCAUAGCGCAUUGCUUGUGCACGGCUAACAGUUGUCUGGACCCUAUUCUCUUCUUCUUCGUUGGGGAAAAUUUCCGAUCAUUCUUUGCUAAAUGGACAGGAGGAAGAAAAACCAGCACUUGUGCUGCAGGGAGAAAUCUACAGCAGGAAGAGUUACGGGUUUUGCAGAACUGAAUGGAAAAUGGGUGAACAGACCAGAAGUACAAACAAAGAACACACAAGAAGUACCUCAUUCUUCUGUAUACUUCAUAAAUAGAUGCACGAAAAGGUCACGUUUUACUGAUCUGUCUUUAGAGGUGUUUACACUGAUGGUGAUUAGAGGAAUAUUCUGGGUUCAUUACUAGUUAAACUCAACAAAAAUUUGAUUUCUGCAAAUUAAUUUUAACUGAUACCUAUUUUUCUAAAAAAAAAAAAAAAAGCAAAAAUCUUGGUUGCAAUGAGGCGGUUACGAAGAAACUGAAGGGCUAAUUUGUAAACAUUAAAAUAGGCUACUCGCUGUUUCAGUAGGAUAGCCACAAGACUUAAGUAAAAUGUGUGUUAUGAUUUAGUGUGGAAAAAUACUAAAGUUUUCUGUAUUCAAUCUUACAACUUUGUCACGAUGAGAACGCAAUACCAUAAACCCUAAAAUGACCAUUAAAAUGAUGACAACAGCUAUACAGCAGUUUUUAAUAGAAGACUAAUGCCUGGUUUCACAGACAAAGCUUAAGUCUUAAAUGCAUGUUUGAGCUGCCUUAACUGAAAGCAACUUGCACAUACCUUAAAAUAUAUUAGUCCCAUUGAUUUGUAUCAAGAUGCACACCAGUAAUGUUUUUUUCCUAGGGCACAUAUA